CGCCCCCUCAAGCGGAGGCAUGAAUAUCAUGAAGGCCAAGCGUGGAAGUCAGAAAUGAAAACUGGUCCGCACCUAGGCCCUUGGUAAACAUGUUAGCCACAUGAUCGUGCGACGAAAUCUUCUGCGGGGCUGUCUCACCAGAAGUCACGCGCUCACGAACAAAGUGACAAUCCAUCUCAACGUGCUUUGUGCGCUCAUGAAAAACGGGGUUAGCUACGAUAUGCAAAGCUGCCUGGUGCUCUAAAACACAACACCUAACAAUGGCCAAGUAUAACCAAUGAAAGGGACUGCGGUAUAGUGGCACAAGUAAUAAAUAUCGAAUCCACGGGUCUCUAGAGUUACUACUCAGCUUCGGUUCAUUAUCUAGCAAACUAGAUUAAGGAUUGAUUAACUAAACUACUCUACUAACUAAACUAAGUAAAACUACUAAUUACAGUUUGGGAACUCACUUAGGUAUGAUUCCCCCUAGCUCCUCAAUUAGGUCCAAGUUGUAAUUCCUUUUGGUUGUUUUACUGUUGAUUAAACUGCAGAAGAUCCGACAGUAGCUUGGAAUCUCUUAAGCUGACCAAGCCCUCUCAGUCUAACUAUCCGGCAGACGACUAGUCUUUACCGGGAUAGAAAGCUGAAGCAAUAAGCACAGAACUCCACUACUGGAAUUGGAUUCCAGUACAAAGCAGUAAACUGGCUAACUCUCGUAUAGCCAAUCUCCUACUACCGAAUGAUGAGACUCUAGCAACCUAAUCAGAUUCUAUCUAUCUCAGAUUGCAGCAGGAAUCAGGAAAAGUUGAUCAGACUUCAAUUGACUCAAUAAACAUGCAUCAUUCGAUUAUAAUCAAACAAUAUAGCAUCCAAAACUUCAUACAAGAAAGAUCCUAACUCAUGGAACUAGGGUUCCUCAAAACCUAAGUGAAGGGAAGUUACUCCAUAGAGAAGAGAGAGACUGCAGAAAUCUGAUCUAGAUCUUCAAUCUCCAUCUCCAAGCUUGAUUCCCGAGCUCCAAUGGCGAAGAAAUCCUCCAAAAUAGCUCCAAGAAUGUUCCCAAGUCGCUCUCUCUCUCUAGGGUUCGUCCCUUGGGUGUUUGGGAACCAAAAACCCAGCUCCCCCUCUCUCCUUUUUCCUGAAAAUCGGGUUUUAACCAGCAAUUCCCGACUCACACGGGCAGGGCCACACGGCCGUGUGGCAUACCCAGUUGCCCGUGUGACUUCAAAACGUCGCGUAUCGAUUAAUUGGACUUCAGUCAACCUACACGGCCAGGGUCACACGGCCGUGUGGAUCACCCUGCCUGGCCGUGUGAAGCCUCGCAGAAUUCCACACGGCCAAACCACUCCUUCACACGGCCGUGUGGAUAUCAGGGCAAGCCGUGUGAAUGCUCGUACAAUCUCACACGGCCAAAGUGGGCACUUGCACGGCCGUGUGAGUUGUGGGUGUGCCCGUGUGGCUUCCUUUUCGACUUGCCUCGCGCCCGAUCUUCGUCUAAUCGACCCCGAACUCGCUCCUAAACCUUCAUUUACUUGCUAGGACCUGAAAUAUCACAAACAAACACAACCUAGUGUGAAAUCGGCCUAAAACACGAGAAUUACCAUCCCAAACGGCUCAAGAAUAGGGGUAAAAACAUGUGCAAUUAAAGGCUUAUUAAACUCCCCCACACUUAACCGUUUGCUUGGGGACACAAGGUAAGCUCACAUAUUUCAAUCAACCAACAUUGGGGACAAAUCAUAUAGGCACAGAAACACGUGAAUCAUACUGGUUUUGAAACAUCAACACAUGAACAACCUUAAUAGCAACCUGGACAACCACCACAGAAGACAUUCGAGUGCAGCAAAAUCGAGUAAAGGAGGAGUCUCCCUACUGUUCAUCAACCAACAUAGGCUUGACUCAAUCACUCACUCAAGACAGUCAACUCAUGCAUAAAACUCAAGAUAUCAGAAUAGAGACCGAGCAAUCUAGGUCCUCACCGGGUAAAGAGUGUAAAGAACAAGGAAAUGAAUCGCUCACUCUCGACCAGUGGGGUCAGGACAAUUUGAUGCGAAAAAUGCGCAUACUAAUUCUCUCAAAUCCUAACAUCUCUUCACCAUGACGGCAGCCUCUAAAGGUCAGAGUUCACAUAAAUGGUUGUCAUCACUAACUAAUCAGGAGGUCUUAGACACAGGUUCAAAUGACUGGCUAGGGUCUUGGACAUGGGGAAAAAGCCUUUUAGGUGGUGGAAGUAUUCAUGGCACAAGGUUCCACAAUUCCCAACCCAACAAACUCACAGUCAAUCAAACCAGUACUUUCUUUCUGCUAUUCUGCAUUACUCAAAUUCAGAGCAUAAGAUCGAAGGAGGUCACAUAAAUACCAGUAUUUCUAAGCCAGAGUGCUAAGAAACACUACUUAAUGGG